AAAAAACCUAACAUUUCUUUAUUGGAAGCACAAAACAAAUAUACUUAAAUUAUUACAAACCUAAAAAUAAACAAAAAGCCCAUAUAUGUCUUCAAACCAUCAUAAAAUUCAUCUUCAGAAAAAACCCACAAGCACUAUCAACUUCCGGCGCCGGCGACCUAAAGAAACCACCAUUUCCACCACCACCGCCGUCGUAAACCACCACAACCACCCUUCUGUCGUCUCGCCAGAAAACAGUUCUUGGUGUUGUCCAUCUGCUAUAUCUUCUCACAAACCAGCUCCCCAAACACAACCCGCUUCGUAUACUCCGGUACCGGAAUCUAUUCCCGGCGAAACUCCGGUAAGUACUGAAAAGCACCAACUUUCUGACACCGUUUUAAAUCUUGAUAACAAAAACAUGAUUACUAAUCAUCAAGAAACAACAUUCCCAUCAUCUUUUUCAAAUUUUAACUCUGCUUUGACUGCCGGACUUUUGAAUCCGAUGUCUCCGCCGCUGCCGCCGUCCGCCGGAGAUAAAACCCGAUCUAGCCCGACCCUUUUUGAAAUGAUGGCUAAUGAGCCUGAAUGUAAGAUCCCCAAUAAUAAUACAAAUAAUUUAAAUGGAAAUAAUAUUAUAUAUUCAAACAUUAAAAAGUCCAACAACAAUGUGAUCCCACAGCCCAUUAUUGUUGACAAACAAGCACUGUUGCAACAAAGAUUGUUGGAUCUUUUAUCUAUUCGGAGCCCCGGGAGUCAGUUCAAUGACCCGAAUUCGAGUGAUGUGAAACUUACAUUGAGUUCUAAAGAUGGUUUGAGUGUUUGUAUGAAUGCCCAUAGGCAGAUCUUGGUGGGCCAUAGUCGGUUUUUCGCAGUGAAGUUAGCCGAUUAUAGGCGGAAAAUGGGUCAACAAGGUGGUCAACCAGGUCAACCUUACAUUGUUGAGAUUGCUGAUUGUGAUGAUAUUGAGGUUUAUAUCGAGUCCAUUCGAUUGAUGUAUUGUAAAGAUUUGAGAAGGAAGCUAAUGAAGGAUGAUGUUCCUAGAGUACUUGGUAUCUUGAAGGUGUCAGCAGCGAUCGGAUUCGAUGCCGGAGUUUUAUCUUGUUUGGAGUACCUAGAAGCUGCUCCAUGGGCCGAAGAUGAAGAAGAAAAAGUAGCAUCUUUAUUAGCUGAGCUUCAUCUUGAAGGAGCAGGUGCCAGUGAAGUAUUAAAGCGCGUUUCAGUUGAUUUUACAUCUGGGGUUGAUGAAAGUAACAACAAUGAAGAGGUUCUUCUUAAACUGAUACAUAUCGUUCUUGAAGGAAAAGAUGAAAAGGCUAGACGAGAGAUGAAAGUUUUGGUUGCAAAAAUGCUUCGAGAGAAUUCGUCACACAACGAUCUAAGAAAAGCAUCUUUAUAUUCUGCAUGUGACAAAUGUUUGCUUUUGUUAAGAAAACAUUUCUUGAAAGCUUCUAAUGGGGAUUUACAAGAUGUUGUCCAAAUCACACGACAAGCAGAUAAUUUACAUUUUCUUCUUGAUAUUUUGAUAGAUAGACAGAUUUCGGAGGAUUUCUUGGAAUCAUGGGCAUCAUUGACUGAAUUAUCUGAAGUUCAUUCUAAAGUACCACCACUUCACAGAUAUGAAAUCAGUAGAGUAACAGCAAGAUUAUUUGUGGGAAUCGGAAAAGGUCAACUUUUGGCCUGUAAAGAUUCAAGAUGUUUACUAUUACAGACAUGGUUGGUUCCAUUUUAUGAUGAUUUUGCAUGGAUGAAAAGAGCAUCGAAAGGGCUAGAUCGUCAUUUGAUUGAAGAUGGGCUGGGAAAUACUAUUUUGACUUUACCAUUAUCAUGGCAACAAGACAUAUUGAUGACUUGGUUUGACCGAUUUUUGAAUUCUAGUGAUGAUUGUCCAAAUAUACAGAGAGCGUUCGAGGUUUGGUGGAGACGUGCAUUUUCAAAAACUGGUCAACAUUGUCCUGAUAGGUCACAGCAGUUUCGUAUUACAAAUUAAAAUUACUAGAUUUGUUGAAAUUGAGGAUCGCAAGCAGCCUGUUUUGUCCGUGUGUUCUUCCUUUUAACUGGUGAGUAUUUGCUUUUAGUCGAAGAUUAACGUUUUAUGUCAAAUAGUUUGAUGUAAAAAUUCCAUUAUUGAUCUUGAUUCUUAAAAGAAAUUUGAGCUUCAUUCUA